AUGAUGUCUACCUCCCAGCAGCAACAACGACUCUCUCAUCUCAGCAUCAUCGAUCAGGGGAACGCUUCCAUGAACUCGUCUGCCAUGUCUUUAUUGGAUCAUGAUGGAAACGAAAUGGAGGAGUCAUUGGUUCCCAUCCACCAACCUUCCCCACUCCACCACCACCAUGCUCCAGCAGCAGCGUCAUCAUCCUCAGCAGCCGACAUGGGUGGAUUAUUCUCACAAGAGUACAUGGACAUGGAAAAGCCAUCCAUUGUUCUCAAACCCUUUCAGUUCAGCAGCAACGUAAUGAUGAUGACGAUGGAUGGAGACAAUCAUGCCACUGAUGGUGGGAACAUCAUGCACAAUAAUGCUCCUGUGGCAAGUGUGGCACCACCCUCCUUAUUCCAACCACCACCGCUCAAUACCACAGUCAGCUACUGCAACUUGUUUGAAUCGUAUACUGUAGAGCCGCUCCCAUCUCAACAACAAACGAACAUGGCCUGCAUCAGUGAGGGAGAAGAUAACAGUGAUGCACAAAGUCGCCAGAGCCACAAGUCCAAUACUACCAACGGAUCUUCGGUUGUUGCUGCCCUUCGAUCCGGCUCCUCGGAGGGAACCAUGGAAUCCAUGAAUAAUAAUUUACCACAGGCACCACCGACCUCCAAUCCAUCCUUCAUUGCUUCGGCUCCAUCCUUUGUGGCUUCGGCACAUGAUCCAUGGGCUACCUUGAGUGGAGAUUCUACCUCGAUCAUUACAGCUGCUGCCGCCGCAAGUGCGGCAUCUGCUGCUAGCAAUCAUGUCACAAGAAAAAACAAAAACUUGACCAAUGCCAUCAUUAGCAGCAAUACUCUCUACCUUGAUCCGAGUCCAGAAAAGAAGCGUUCCCGGCACAAUCUAACCAAAGACGAGGAACAACAAACUGCGCCACAACAACAGCAACAACCACACCAAGAGUAUGAAGGAGAACAAGGAGGAGAAGAAGAAGAAGAAGAAGAAGGCCAACAACAUCCGGCACGUCGAGUGCGCAAACGUCAUGCCGAAAAGGGUGCCUUUACCUUUUCCGAAAAUGGAGAAUACGAACUCAUGAUGCACGUCCAACGUGGACUCCCACCCAACUUUAAUCGAUUGUCUCCACUGGAAUCUUCCAAUCUCAUAUUAAAGACAGUCGAUGUCUAUUGUCACGAAGAACAAUGGAUGUAUCACAUUGGACAAGACAAGGGACUACUCUUAAAAGAAUUCCUAAAGGAGUGCAUUGCACACAAAAAGGAACAACACAAACUGUCUAGAAACAGUAGCAUGGAGGAAGGCGAUGAACCGAUUGGUCCAGAAGAACAACCACCUUUGAUUCUCGUGGAAGUCGGAACCUAUUGUGGCUAUUCGGCCAUUCUCUUGGCCAAAUCGUUGCGUGAAUUGGAUUCCGAGUUAAAGUUUCACAUUUACACGGUCGAGACCAGCAGCCAAAACAUCAUGGUGGCCAGCAGUAUGAUAUUGAUGAGCAAGUUUCACGAAUACAUUACCAUCUUGCACCACCAACCAGCCAAUGAAUCCCUGGCCAGUUUGGUGAAACGCAAACUGAAGCAUUGUUAUUGUUGUCCACCUCAUCCCAACAACAGCAACAACAACAAUAAUAAUAAUACUAGCAGCAACAGCCACAUCAGUGGAACCUCGAGUCCCACCCCCAGCAUUGCCAGUGCCGGCGAGGCUCCAGCUGCAGACUUUGUCUUUUUUGAUCACGACAAGGAACGAUACUUGGAUCAUCUGAUUCAAUUUGAAGCGAAUGGAAUCAUUCAAAAGGGAUCGUAUGUGGCGGCCGACAAUGUGUUGUUCCAUCGCUUGGAUGGGUAUCGCAAACACAUGAUCAAAUUGCAACGCCGCAAUGUUACGAAAACUAAAAUGGUUCAAGUGUCCUUGGAAUACUGUGACGAAGAGGAUGAUGUCCGGGAUGGGAUGGAGUUGACUAGCUACCUCAAGGAUCCCAUUCUGAGACGACUAUGA